GGCCGGCGGCGGGCGGCCUGGGAGCGGGUCCUGCGGCGCCGAGCGGCUCGAGCCGCGGCCGGAGGUGAUUCACGUCAGCCUGUACUGGAGUGAUUCUCAACCAGCCUUUGAGAUGAUGGGACUGGGAAACGGGCGCCGGAGCAUGAAGUCGCCACCCCUUGUGCUGGCUGCCCUGGUGGCCUGCAUCAUCGUCCUGGGCUUCAACUACUGGAUCGCCAGCUCGCGGAGUGUGGAUCUGCAGACCAGGAUCGUGGAGCUGGAGGGCAGGGUCCGCAGGGCGGCUGCCGAGAGGGGCGCCGUGGAGCUGAAGAAGAACGAGUUCCAGGGGGAGCUGGAAAAGCAGCGGGAGCAGCUCGACCGCAUCCAGUCCAGCCACGACUCGCAGCUGGAGAGUGUCAACAAGAUCUACCAGGACGAGAAGGCAGUUUUAGUGAAUAAUAUCACCACAGGUGAGAGGCUCAUCAGAACCCUGCAAGACCAGUUAAAGGCCCUGCAGAAGAAUUACGGCAAGCUGCAGCAGGAUGUGUUCCAGUUCCAGAGGAACCAGACCAACCUGGAGCGGAAGUUCUCCUACGACCUGAGCCAGUGCAUCAAUCAGAUGAAAGAGGUGAAGGAGCAGUGUGAGGAGCGAAUAGAAGAAGUCACUAAAAAGGGAAACGAAGCUAUUGCUUCCAGAAACCUAAGUGAAAAAAAGGACCAAAGCCAGCAGCUCCGAGCCCCCAGUGAGCCUCAGCCCAGGCCACAGGAAGCAGACCUGCCCCAGGCAGAGGUACCACAAGUGAAAGGAAAUGUGCCCAGCGAUGGGGAGCCCCAGACACCAGCCCCCAGUUUGGAGGUGGCUUUGGAGUUGAAGAGACAAGGUGAGAAAGGGGAAACCAACGAGAUUCAGGUCACCAGUGAGGAGGAGCCUCAGAGGGACAGCCUGGGGCUGCCCCCAGAGCCAGGCCGAGAGCAGGCUGUAGAGGAAGACAGACCUGUGGGUGGAAGAGGCAUUGGAGAAGCUGGAGCAGUUGGCCAGACCCCACGGGUGCCAGCAGUGAUACUGGCCAGCCAAGAAAAUCAGGACACAGAGGACCUUGAGCGGGACCAGCUUGUCAUCCCUGAUGGGCAAGAAGAGGAGGAAGAGCAGGAUGUUGAUGAGGAAGGGAGACACCAACAAAAGCUGGGGGGAGAGGAGGACUACAACAUGGAUGAAAAUGAGGCAGAAUCGGAGACGGACAAGCAGGCAGCCCUUGCAGGGAACGACAGAAACCUCAAUGUUCUUAAUGCUGAAAAUCAGAAAGGAGACAUAAUAAAUUUACUUGCUCAGCGUGAAAAGAGGAAUCACACACUCUGAAUGAACUGGGAUCAUAUACUGGUCAGGAUCGAACAGAGAUCACUACAAAAAAUUUACGAAGGGUUGAAUACUGUGAAAUGUACUAAGUAAAAUAUACACCUUAAAGAUUAUUGUGGAGUUUUAAUAUGUACUGUAUGUAGGAAAAUGAUUAUCUUGUAGAUGGUUUUUUUGGGGGUAUUUUCAAAGUGUUUAUGCUAAGGUGUCAAAAUUUGUCAGCUAAUAGGUAUGAGAUCAACACCGAAAAUAGAACCCAAGUUUCUCCUUCAAAUAUGGUGACAGUGGCGCUUUUUAAGAAAUUCUGGAAUGUAACUUUAAAAAAAAAAAAAAAAAAGCCUGUAGGAAGAGGCUGCCUUCAAGACACCAAGAGACCCACCACACCUGAGAAUUCUUCUCUGGUUCCUUUGGUGUCCCUCUUCACGUGCUGAGUGCCCGGUCCCAGCCCGAUAUUCUGUUCUCCAAAGUCAGUGCCGAAAGAUUUACUAGCUUAUGCUCUCAAUUCUGGUUUGGACAGUCAGUGGCCUGGAGCACAAAACUGUUAAUACAGACAUCACUAAUAACAGUUUUAAACAAGUCUAUAUACAGAGGCAUUUUUUGUAUUUUAAACUACUUGUAUAACCUUUGUCAUUAAUGUACAGAAAUGCUUCUAAGUGACUUGUAAUUUGAACAUUUGUGACAUUUUUACUUUGCUUGGUAUGUAUGGGCAAAGCAAAAUAUUCUGCAGUAAGACCAUUUACCAAGAAGACACAUGAGUAGAUUAGACUUUUUACACAACCGGGGCCAAAGCAGAGCUGAUCCUGGGGCCCAUAGCAGAGCAGGGAGGGAAAUAACAGCACUGUGGGGGCAUGUUUGCUGUGGACAGAAUGCCCACUUCACCAUUACAGGAAGAGGAGAGAAAGAUGAUAUUAAGGGGUAUAGACAGUGUUAAAUGGGGAAAGUUUAGAAAAGCAACAGUUUUCACAUAGUCUGUACAUUUGGCUUGUGAUGACUAUCAAAAGUGAUUUAAAAAUCAAAAGUUAAUCUGAAAAAGACUAAUCACAAUUCACAUUGAUUUGCUUCAGUAUUUCCAGUAAACUCUUGCCACUUACCAGUGACAGGCAAAGUCACAGUAGUGACUCUUAGGCCUUCUUCAGGGUAAGUGGGUGGUGAUGCUUAUUAAAUACAAGUCUCGGGAUUUGAGAUGCAGGGGCCUCACAUCACCUAGUAUAACCCUUCACCUUUAGAGAGGAAAUGGGGGCCCAGAGAAGUUAGAGCUACACAGGCCAGACACCUGGCAAGCCUUACCUGGUCUGGACUCAUGGUGCCCCUGUCUGGCACUAAAGGCAAGACCUGGUUUGCAUUCAGGUUAAGAUCUCCAAUGUGAAUGUUCCUCACGUAGGUUAUCUUUUUACUUAAUUACUAAGAUUAAACUUUUCCACCUGGAAAAGACAACUAAAGAAGGGUGUUAAAAAUAGCUUUGUGAGAUUUUUAUAUGUCUUUGUCCGACUUCCCUUUGUGUCUUAGCCUUAAGGGUUGAUAGUCUCUCUUGCUUUUUCAAUAAAGUGUCCAUUCAUUUCAUGUUUAAUCAGUGUGCAUAGAGUUCUGAAAAACAUGUUUAACUGCUUUAUUUUCCCCUUUACUGCCUUAUUGGAUCCCUGAAGAAUCAGCUUGUAAUUGUGGAUUAAGAAUGGUGGUUUUGGGGGGGGGGGGGGGGAAGGUGGUUUGCCUUAAGCCUUUUGUGGACUGAUGGGAUGUCAUUGUAAAUAAUAACCACCUUUUUUCCAUCUUUAUGUACAGAGGCACCAGAGGCCAUUUGUUCAGGAGGUGUGUACUGUGUGUGAUUUCUCCAGUCAUGCUUUUUUACCACUGGCUUUCCUUGGUAUCACAUAGUCUCUUAUUCAUUCCAAGGCAACAAUUUAUACAGGUGUCAGUUUGUUUGUUUUUUUUUUUUUUUAAAGCAAAACAAAAACCUGUGUAAUACAUAAGUAGAUAGCAAACCCCCCACUUUGGUCUUUUGGUUUCAUCCAGAAUUAAUCAGCAGCUAUUCCAAUCUUUAAUAGGUGGAACUAUUUAUUUCACACCUUCCUUGGGACUCUCCAAGGAAGAGAGUGUGGAGACAGGAGUGUGAUAAUUCAGAUUCCCUCCACAAGACUCAGAUUUCUUGAGUAAUGUAAGCACUGCACAUACUUCAUGUAUUUCUGUGUGAUGAAAUUUGAGAAAUAAACCAAUACCUGUUAA